GGUGCGGCGCGCGCGUCAGCCCAGCUAGUAUCGGCUUUGACAUGUUAUUUCAUUUCUGUUUGAUUCGUAUUAUUACACUAUACUAGUGUGUUGGGUACGAUUGUUUUUCCUUUUCGAAAUCAUCAAGAUACAACACGGCAUUUGUGUUUAAGUUUUACAGCAAUUCAGACAUAUUUGUUUGGUUUGUAUUCUGUCAGUAGUAAUGUGAAAAUGUGUGCUUUUUCUAAGAAACUUUCAUCAAAAUUGACGUGAAAAUUUUCCAAAAAAAAAAAAAAAAAUUCAUUCAUAUUUCACAUUUGUGUUUGUGAGCACUUUGUGUUUCUCUGUUACACCGUCCAUAUUGCUUCGACGAUGGAAUGACGAUCGGAACAAAAUACACAAAAAACUGAAGAAAGAAAGAAAAAACAAACAACAACAACCAGUACAAAAAUGACAUGCAGAAAAAGUGUAUCGAUUGAAAUUCAAGUGUUGCCGCGCAAAUGUGUGCUAUCGACAAACGCGCCGACUUGCGCGGGUAAUGAGUUCCAAUUAGAAGAAAGUAAACAGUUUUUUGUGUGAUUUUUACAUGCUUAGCAUUCGAAAGGUUUUAUUUUCCAAGUAAAAUGUCACAAGACCGUUCGCGUUGUGGUACCACAUGAAACAGUUGAAGACAGUGAAAAGUUGUGCUGUUAACCAGCUUAAGAACGAAACCAAUAUACAAUGGCAUACGUUGUGUGGCGUGUUCUAAUGAAGAAAUAUUCAAAAAUUAAAAUUGGUUUGCAAAAAGGCUCAACAUGCCCACACACGACAUCAAAUAUUGUGUCACCGACCACUUGUUGGGGCAGCAAUUCCCAUUUUUACUCAACCGAAGUAAUCGAUAACAGAGUCAAAUUAAAUAGUUCCGAUUCAGAUAAUGGUUCAACUGAUACAAAUCUAUCGAAAAUGCGUUCAUAUUUGAAACGAUGCGAAAGUGCAAUAAGCAGCAUUAGUUUGAGUGGAAAACGUACAACACAAAAGACGAAUAACAGCAUUAGAACGAAACGGUCAACGAGCUCAUGGUACAUAGAAAACAUAGAUAGACCCGGAAUCGAAAGCAAUAACGAACAAAUCAAUGAGUUAAAUUGUAUUGAACAUGAAUUAUCUUCGAUACAAAUGGUGGAGCAAUCGAUGCAUUCACUGCCGGAAAGUCAAACAAAUAAUACAAAUGAUGAAUGUUUCAACGAUCACAUCCCAGAAAAUUAUUUUAUAAAGCCAACAUGUCAAGCGGCCAUCGAAAAAAACCUAAACAAUCUGGUCGAUCACUACCUAGCGGCCCUUUAUCCGAAUUAUUUUGAGUCAACUCGUGCAGUUUUACUGAGACAAGCUCGUGAUUUAUUGGAAACUGCAUUUCAUGCUGAUUUGUCUUGGUUUGAGAGAGAAUUUUUAUCACCGGCAGCAAAGUUAAUCACAAUUAUAAAAAAUACAUCCCAUAAUUUAUCGAAAACAGUAUGCGUAGACGGUUGGCCACUUGCCAUCGACGGAAAAGUGAUUCUGCAGUUGGGCACAUUAAGUGAAGCGAUUUUAAAACCGACCGACAUUUAUUUAUGCAUAAAACCAGGCCGUGGUAAAAAGGGUCACGUAGCUUUAUGUGCCGUUUGGCGAUCGUUCAAAACGCAAAGAGUUGUGUAUGAAGAAUUGUGUAUCAAGAAAGACGUACUGACUUCAAUUUCAUUGGAAAUGCUGACCGAAGACUUACCUCAGUUGCUGCAAUCACUUUUGGUUAGCGUCGAGCAGACCGUCAGCCGUAUCAGUCGGGUUCCGUUUGAUGAAUUGGCAUUUCCGAAGAACGCGGACGAAGAUGAAAUCGAAAAUCAUAAAACGAAUGAUAUUACGUCUGGACAAAAAUUGGAUGAUGUACCGAUUUCGCCCAAAUGUGGUUCGAUCAAACGACGCGAAAAUAUUACGAAAAAUAAACCCCUUCAAAAUCGUUACACACUGCGGCGAAUGUCCGUUAAAUCCAAUUCAGAUAAACAUGACAAUAAAGAAGCUACUGAUGUAUCAGCACUACCUUCGUCACCGACAACUACAACCAACAUCACUACAUCGAACAAUAUGAUGCCAUUAUUUUGCUUGGGCGGAUCAUUAUCGUUUCCACAUAUCGACAGUGAUGAAGAUAGCGGUGACGAUGUAACGAAAUCACCUAACGAUCAAGCUUGCCAUCAUGACAUAGUGGCCCCCAGGUCAAUAACAGAUUUGCCUGAAAAAUUGCUAACGUCUGGAGUAUAUUUAUCAGACACUCACGACAUUAAUGGAUUUCCCAUAAUAACCAUUGAGACUAAAAUUCUAAUGGACUCGGGAUUGAACUGUUACGAAGUCGCCACAUUAAUGCUUUACUAUAAUACGAUACCGACCAAUCCAUCAAAAUUCACACUCCACGUGAUCGCAUCAGAAAGCGAUCAAUUGUCCGCACUAAAUUUGUUAGACAACGCAUUCAAUCUAAUCACCGGCCAUGUCCACAUUGACAACGUGUUGGUUUCAACAUUAUACACAACCGAUAAACUACAACUCCAGUUGCCAUUAAGCAAAAUUAAGAUUAUUCACGCCAUCGAAUUAUUCGAUCACAUUCCGCCCGAAUGUGCGCCAACAAUGUGCAACGGGACGCAUAUUCAUAAUCAGGCGCUAUGGCGAGAAUUUUUCGUCACAUUGGAAUUACUACGAGUUUCCUGCGUUUCAGUGGGUCAAGACUUGGUCUCAGUGAUGAAUGAAAUUCGGCUGACAGAUAGUUUGGGCAUGCCGUCAAGACGACAGCUGUAUUCACAACACCGUGCACUGAGUCGUGCGCUUAUGGAUUCCGAGCUUCAAUGUUUGACCCGAAAGGGUCAAAUAACACUGACACGCCUACAAAGUUUAGCGAAAAGCAUUUCUAGCAACGAUAAAUACAGCACAAUUUACAACAACACGACCAGCACUGAAUCGACAUCGUUCAUCGCUGAAUAUUCAAAUCGUCACGUUUCACAUCGACUAAGGGAAGUGACGGUGAUAUUCGGAGAAGUGGAUCGAGCUGCUAGGCGAUUAGAACAACUGACCGAACAACGACGUGAAAGGUUACGCGAAAUUACGCGACAGAAAGCAUUUGAAGAAGAAAUGAAAGAGAUUACAAAAUGGAUACAGAAUGAUGGUGAAAGUAUGCUAAAACGGUAUGCAGACGUGCCAUUAGAUUCGGAAACAUCGAUUAAGGAUUGUGAACAUGACUUUGAAAAAUUUUAUUUCAUAUCAAUGAAGUAUUUGGCUAAAGGACGUGACCUCGAAGAAGCCGCCCUGAAUCUGGAGAGUAUAAGCGAAUUGCGUACAGAUCUUAAGACACAUUUGAGCCAGUACAGCGAUCGAUUAGAAACGAUACGUGAACGAGUCGAAGGAGCGGUGCGGCUCCAUCAUUUGCUCGGAUUGGAAUUUAAAGAGAAAGACGUACAGCUAGAGAUGCAGAGAUUAGCCGAGAAAAUUGGCGCACUAAGUCUAAUCGAACGAUAUCGAAGUGUGACGAAAAACGAUAAUAACCCUAAAAUUGAUAAAACUAGCACACCGUUCAAAGAGACUACGGAUAAUUGCUCAUGUUGGCCGACCGAUGCGCGUUUCCACAACAGUCGUGACGCUAAAUCGGUCGAAAUGAUCGGUGAUGAAGAUGAAGACCACUCUAAAAUUGCCGAUAGUGGAUUGGGCGGUUGUGAUCGUUGUGAAAUGAAUGAUAAACUAGUUCGCACGUGUUCAUGUCAAAGUUUCGACGAGCCAACCAACAAAAGUCACAACAGUGAUGAAAUGGAAGAGGAUUGCUUUGAUAAUAAUAUGAAAGGUGUAAUUGACUAUCAAAUGUCACCAUUAAAACCUAACGCUCACCUUUACAGCUAUUCAUCCAACAUUGCAUUAGACCUGGAAAAUAGUAUUGGCCUAGCGCCAAAAACACAAAAGACGCUUCUGUUGAUCAUGCGAGAAAUGAUUGGAACGGAACGCGAUUACGUGCGUUCAUUACACUACAUAAUCGAUAAUUACAUGGACGAAAUGAAUCGCGAGGAUAUUCCACAAGCAUUGAGAGGACAACGAAACGUUAUCUUUGGCAAUGUUGAAAAAAUUUGCGAAUUUCAUCAGCAAUAUUUUUUGCAUGAGUUGGAACGAUGUGAAAAUAACCCGCUUAAAGUUGGAGCCGUAUUUCUAGAGCAUGAAUCGAAAUUCUAUUUGUAUGCUCUGUACAAUAAAAAUAAGCCAAAAAGUGAAGCCCUCAUGAGCGAAUAUGGAUCCAGAUUUUUCAAGGCCAAACAAAUGGAGCUUGGUGAUAAAAUGGACCUGGCAUCUUAUCUACUCAAACCAGUACAACGAAUGGGGAAAUAUGCACUAUUGUUGCAACAGCUAAUGAAGGCAGUUACCAGUAUACAAGGGCCGACCUUACAAGAAAUAACCGAAGACAUUGAAGAGCUUCAGAAAGCUGAAGAAAUGGUCCGUUUUCAAUUGCGACACGGAAACGAUCUGCUGGCCAUGGACUCUUUGCGCGAUUGUGACGUGAAUGUGAAAGAGCAAGGUCGUUUGCUGAGACAAAAUGAAUUCCUGGUGUGGCAAGGUAGAGGCGGAAAGAAAUCAUUGCGUCAAGUGUUUCUAUUCGAAGACUUAGUUUUGUUCAGCAAAGCACGUCGUUUUCCGGACAGUAAAAACUUGGACAUUUAUAUUUAUAAGAAUAGCAUAAAAACCUCGGAUAUUGGUUUAACUGAGCUUGUUUGUGACUCGACGACAAAGUUCGAAAUCUGGUUCAGAAAGAUGAAGCCAGACGAUACGUGGACAUUGCAAAGCAUGAAUGAGGACACCAAGAAAGUGUGGACCGAAGAAAUCUCCAAAUUAUUGUGGAAACAAGCGAAACGAAAUCGUGACAUACGCAUGCAGGAAAUGUCAUCGAUGGGCAUUGGGAAUAAGCCAUGUUUGGACAUCCGGCCAAGCCAGAAUCAAAUAAACGAUCGUUCCGUCAGCCGUUCACAGCUGGAAAAAGCUCCAAAACUUCGUAGCUCAUUCUCGUCAUCAAUGGCGGAAAGCACAAAAGCGGUGCAACGGCCCAACUCUAUCAUUUCGCUGGGUUCAUCAUUUUCAUCAAGUACAAGUCGUUCAUCGGCCAGCACAUCGUCCAGCAGCAGCAACCCUAAUACAAGGAAUGCGGCUCCGGGCAUUGAACUGGACAUGAUCAAUGAAACGCUUCCCCUCAAAACGGUUAACAAUUCAAAAAAAUAUCAACGAUCAACAACACUGGCCAGCCAAUUAUCAAUGGAGAGUGGCAUCAUAGCUGAUAUAUCCACAUCACCCGAUAACGAAGAUACAGCAUGGAUGAAAUCAUUGCCGACAUUUGCGCAACAAAAAUCACAAACGGACAACAGUAUUCAGAAACGCCAAACAUCAAAUAUGAAUGUCGCGCAAAAAAUGACUGCAGAUAGCGAUAUGCUAGGCUCUAAUUCAACCACAAAUCCCUACAUAAAUAACGAUUCCAUUGCCGUACAUUUAUGAUAGAGAACUAAUGUUCAACACCUAAAAUGAAAGUGACUUAUUUUAUACGAUUUUAAUUGCGAUUAAGUUUAUUAUUUCUUUAAUUUCAUAUAUAUUAGAAUUUGACAUAUAUAUUUUAUACUUCCAUGAUGUUUAAGCAAAACAUUGCCAGACGAUUCGAACAAAUAAAGCCCUGCACUAAUAUUUGUGUCUAAUGGAAUCAGAAAAAUUAUGUUUAAAAUCUUUGAACGAAUAAAUCGACGAAAAAUAAAAACACUUUAACAUUUAUUAUUCAUCAUUGAUAUAUUUUCAUAAAACAAAGCCAUAAAAUGUUACUAAGUAGGAAGAGAGAAAUUGGGAAAUAUUUUCAUACAAAUAGAUUUUCAAAAUAUGCACAGAAAAAAUGAGUCCAACGUAAUAAUAAUAGAAAGGCACUAAGAUUGAUUCCUAAACUUAACACGUUUUGAACUUAUGUUUUGGUAGAAUAUAUGUUUAUUUAUUUAGCUACAACAAUUUUGAUGAAAAGUUUACACAAAUAGAUUAUUGAAACGUUUGAAAAACACAAA